UCAGAAAGGAUAUGUUCUAAGGGAUCCUCAGACAAAAAUAGAAGUGUGUCAAGAGGAAGUUGUCUACAGACAUAUUGUCAUCGACUAACAGUACAGAUGUAACGACAUCCACUACACAGCUCCCAACAACACCACAACCAACAACAACAACAACACGGCCAACAACGACAACAACAAAAUUGACUACAACAACAAAACCGACUACACCAGCCCCAGUUUAUGUGUGUCCAUCAUCUAUCCAAAAAGCGCAUCACAGGAAAAUACCAUGCUUUUCAUAAAUAACAAAUUAAAAAUGUGUUACGAAAUGAUGAUACAGCCAGAAACAUGGGCAAGUGCGGACAAUGCUUGUAAAGUUAAAGGUGGUCAUCUCGUCACUAUAUCAAGCGCCACGGACGAGCAAGAAGUAUAUCAAUACGUCCGUUCAUAUGGACAUGAAACAUGGAUUGGUUUGAAUGAUGUGAAGACAGAAGAGAAAUUUAUGUGGACAUCUGGUAAACCUGUUGUGUAUUUAAAUUGGUACCCAGGCCGGAAGAGUCCUCUUUCUCAUGAUAUAGAGGACUGCGUCGCAUUGGGUCCGAAUACUGGGACAUGGGAGGAUAUGGAUUGUUCACUGAGACAUGCGUAUGUCUGUGAAUAUAAAGCAGUGAUUGGGAACGCCAACGACACUAAUUGGCAGAUGAUAACAACAUCACAGUCGUCAAUAUACUCAGAUGGGAAUACUACUCAAUGCCCAGCAAACGUCCAAUCUGCAUCAAUGAAAGAUAAUACAGUACUUGGACAAUAUAAAUCCAGUUGUUAUGAGCUGAUACCAAAUAUUCGAGUAAGCUGGUCACAUGGAGAACAGGUGUGUGUACAGCGGGGAGGUCACCUUGCAUAUAUCAUUGAUGCAGACGAGCAAGGCUUUGUGCAUCAUUUCUUAAGUCGCUAUUCCUCAAGACAUGCGGUCUGGAUUGGUCUUCAUGACACAAAAAUAGAAAACCAUUUCGAAUGGACGUCAGGAAGCAGUGUUAGUUACACAAAUUGGGUCCCUGAUCAUUUGAAUAAUUUUGGCGCACAUGGUUACGAAGAUUGUGUUGCAUUUGUACCGUAUAAAGAUGGCAAAUGGGAUGACAUUCACUGUGGGGAAAGCAUCAAGCUCAUCGACCAUGACCUCGGAGAAGUUCAUCCUGUAAUUUGUCAAUAUGGUAUGUCAUUUGAAAGAUAA